AUGGACCCAAACCACCAGAAGAAGUCGGACGCCAAGAAGGUUUCCGAUACAAAGUUGGGAAAGUUGGGUAUUAACCGUAAAGAGGUUAAGCUCAAUGAGUACGAAGAACAGAUCGCCAUGGAGCUGAUCCUGCCGGAUGAUAUCCCUGUGACGUUUGAGUCAAUUGGUGGCCUGGAUGGCAUCAUCGCCAGCCUGCAGGAAAGUGUCAUUGCCCCUUUGAUCUUCCCCGAGAUUUUCAGCACCACCAAUGGUCUACUGGGUGCACCUAAAGGCGUGCUGCUCUAUGGGCCGCCGGGGACAGGUAAGACUAUGUUGGCCAAGGCUCUGGCCAAGGAGAGUGGUGCAACCUUCAUCAACAUGCACGUAUCCACCCUGACCAACAAGUGGUUCGGUGAGUCCAACAAACUCGUGGCUGCCCUGUUCGGCCUCGCCCGCAAGCUGCAGCCCACAAUUGUGUUUAUUGACGAAAUCGACAGUUUCUUGCGCGAACGUUCGUCGGGUGACCAUGAGGCGAUGGCGAUGAUGAAGGCCGAAUUUAUGACUCUUUGGGAUGGCUUGACGUCCUCGACUGAUCGCAUUCUUGUUCUGGGCGCAACAAACCGUCCUUCCGAUAUCGACGCUGCGAUUCUGCGUCGCAUGCCGAAGCGUUACGCCGUGAGCCUCCCCGACGCAGGCCAGCGCAAAAAGAUCUUGUCCAUCAUGCUGGCGAACGUCCCUUGUCACUCCUCGUUUGACAUGGAUGAAAUUGUGCGCAAAACCGUCAGCUACAGUGGAAGUGAUUUGAAGGAGCUCUGCCGGAACGCUGCUAUGGUCCCUGUGCGAGAGGUGCUGCGCAGCCGCACCGGCCGGGAAAAGGUGGAGCAAGCCCGCCAGAGUUCGAAGGCUGGUAACACCGUGGACGGAUCCAGCUUGGCGAUGACCGUUCGCCCGCUGAAAAACUCGGACUUCUUCCAAAUGGACGUGGCACAUGCCACACCCACCGAGCCGGAUGCGCUAGAUUGA